UAAACCGAAGCGACCUAUAAAACCAUCUAAAAUGUUCACCAAAAGCUUUAACUGUGGUUGUGGUAACGGCGGACCACCUUGAAAAAAGUUCUGUAGCAAAUUUUAUACAUUUUAUCAAGAAAAAUGAAACAUGAAGAGAACCGUGAAACAGUCUCAUCUGUCUCAAAAAUACUUGGUCUUUUACUAGCUGCCAGUUCAUGCGUAUUUUUCGCCAUUUCUUCACUCUUCGUCAAACUCCUCGGCGAGAUUCCUCCUCAAGAAGUAGUGUUCUUCCGUAGUUUGGUUCAGCUAAUAUUUCUUCUCCCUCCUGUCAUCUACAGUCAGUCCCCAGCUCUCGGCGAACGGCGGCAACUGCCUUGUUUGAUCGUUCGUGGUUUGGCGGGAACUUUGGCACUGUGCUGUCAAUUCUACGCUUUUCAACGCAUUCCUCUUGCUGACGCCACAGUUAUUGUGUUUUCCUCUCCAAUCUUCACCGGUAUUUUAGGGUACUUUAUUCUUCGAGAGGCUUGGGGUUGGUUUGACGCGGUGGCCACAAUGCUGUGUUUUUUUGGUAUCAUCCUGAUCGUUCGUCCAACGUUUCUGUUCGGUCGAGAGGCUGGUGGUCUUUCGAGCUCGGAUAACUGGCAGCAGUUAACGGCUAGUUUGGUAGCACUGUGCGGCGCAGUGAUGACAUCCAUUGCUUUGAUCGCCAUCCGAAAGCUGCAAGGAGUCCAUUGCCUGACACCUGUGUUGUAUCUAGCAAUAUCGGGCGUGGUUUCUACAGCAAUAGGGGUUCUGGUCACGGGGACAUUCAGGAGUGUCCGCUGCGGGAGUAAUCAUCAGUGGUUACUGCUGGCGCUGGGUCUUUGCGGCAUCGGUGGCCAAACCCUCCUAACCAAGGCCCUUCAGCUCGAACGCGCAGGUAUGGUCGCUCUUGUUCGUACAUUGGACAUCGUGUUCGCCUUCCUUCUGCAACUCGCUUUCCUGGAUUACCGCGCUAACGUGUACAGCGUGAUCGGGGCCGUGAUGGUCGUGGCGUGUAACGUGAUCGUCAUUGCAAGCACCUGGCUCAAGCGUCGCUUUACACGCGAGGAGGAAGAGGAACAUAUUGGUCUUAUCAGUCUACAGACAAAGCUCUACUCGCAGUAUCAUAAACUGAUUAAAAAAUGAUCGUUAACGGCAGUCUUCUGAGUUGUUUAUUCGGUAGACUUUUCCACAGCUGCCAAGUGUAAGAAAAGACAAAGUUAUAAUUUAUCUUUCAUAUUCUCCUAUUUUGUCUGUAUGUGGUUUGUCUAGAGCGGAGCGGGUAGGAGCAAAAUAUUUGGUACUUUAUCUUGUACACUUUUGUACGAAGAAAACCACCGGAUAGUGGUUUCUGUUUGGAAUUCUAUAUGGGUAAAUGAUCGUCUGUAUUUGUAUUAAAUGUAACUAAAUAGCUGAAAACCCUCCCAAAUUUCAUCUUCUGUUCUGCCGCCCACUCGCACAAUCCAUGCUACGCUAAGGUUUCCUUAUCUGCCUCCCGCAAAGCUUCUAUGUGCAUAAACACUUCCCUUUCUCAACGAGAGUACAGUAGGUCAUUAAGUUAUCCGAGUUCAAACUGCUUUUAAACUAUCCUAGUGCUUGUUAACACCAUAGCAAACGUAUCUUUAUCCGACAAAGUUUUUUUCAGAGGUCGCUUUUAAUCGUGUAUCGUUAAUAAUAGAUCGUUUAUUGUGACUUUAUGACUUUAUGCAUAAACACUUCCCUUUCUCAACGAGAGUACAGUAGGUCAUUAAGUUAUCCGAGUUCAAACUGCUUUUAAACUACCCUAGUGCUUGUUAACACCAUAGCAAACGUAUCUUUAUCCGACAAAGUUUUUUUCAGAGGUCGCUUUUAAUCGUGUAUCGUUAAUAAUAGAUCGUUUAUUGUGACUUUUAUUUAACUUUUUAUAAAGAGUUACCUGUGAUAACACAAAUGGCAUAAAUUUACAUACGCUUAAUUUAUCAUUCUUUUGCUGUAAUAAUGUCACAAAAAAUUUUCUUUUGUGAGCAGGUUAGACACGGUUGUAUACAUUGUUUUACUAAAACCAGUGACGAAAAUUAAAGAUAACCAUAAGCUGACAGUUAGUGGACAAAAACAGUAAUACUGAAGAGAAACUUGAAAAUAUCUACUAAACUUAAUCCAGUAUUAUAUAUUUUUUUAUAAUUACUUUCUGUUUUUAAUGAUGUCCACUUUAAAAAUGAAGGAAGUGACACAUGGGCACUGUCAAAGAGCGUUUAAUGGACGAAUCCUUAAGACGCUAUUGUUUUAAAAAGAUCGUCUUUAAUUCCUCUCCAUAUGUAUUGUAAUGUAUUCUAGCCAUUGGUUUUUCGAUAAACCGAGAUAAUUGCAAAGAGCACGCCGAGCAGUCACCCUGUGUCGCGAGGUGGCAGGUGCCUGAGUCUCCACUACACGGCAAUUAAAAUUUACUGCAGCUUGACAAUUUGAAGCGUGAAAGAGACUCCUCACAAAAAUGUCUGAUGCCGAGGAUGUGGUAGCCCCCGAUGCAGAAGAAGAGACAAAACCAGAGAUC